AUGGUACAGGAUGUUCGGGGCCGCAGAGAGCUGUACAAAGCGGAGUUGAUUGGCCGGUUUAUUUGGGCUGUCCAUCUCCACAAACAGAAGCAGCUUAACCCCGACGUGUUACUCCGCAUCCUCGCCUUUCUGCAUGAGUCGGACAGGCCAUUCACAAGCUUCCUGGGGCUACUGGACGAUGGCCUGACCCAAGUUUCGGCGAGCCAUCGGACAAUACAGGCUCGGUCACAGUCCUUGUCCUCGAUGUCUUCCAUAGCAUUCUUGCAGAAAGUCCUGCCUUUGCGGCUGCAACACCUCUUCGCGCAGCCUGCCGACACCGGCGCUGCCGGACCCGACGAUGCAACAGAGGCCAGUAAUUUGACGGGCGUCUCGGCGCUUCCCUGGGUGGCUACGGGCCUGGGGUUUCUGCUUGGGGCUAUCACCGUCCUACAGCACGUUGGUCCUGUUUGGUGA